ACCAGUAGUCCAGUAAAAUGGAAAAGAUGUUAGGCCCUACCCCGCUUUUUAAUCUCUACAAAAUUCUUUUGCCAAAAUUUAGAACCCCAAAACAAUCAGUACUCCUCACUCCCAAUUUGGCCCCAAUUUGAAUUCAAAAUCUGGAAGCAUUCAUGUGACUUUUUCAUUUUUUCAAAAACUCUCUCUCUUCUCUCCCUCCACUCUCUGUGAAACCCUAGACACACACUCCAUACGCUCUCGCAACCUCUACCUCUCUCUUAAAUCAGCAAACGACAGCGAUCUCAUGACGGCGGUGCCGCAGUCUGCCGGAAGAGAGCUCGCAAGCCCACCCAAGGACGGCAUAUCCAACCUCCGAUUCUCCAAUCACAGUGAUCACCUUCUUGUUUCGUCUUGGGAUAAGACGGUUCGUUUGUACGAUGCAAGUGCGAAUGCGUUGAGAGGAGAGUUCAUGCACGGAGGUCCAGUUCUCGAUUGUUGCUUCCACGAUGAUUCUUCUGGAUUCAGUGCUAGUGCUGAUAAUACCGUUAGAAGGCUUGUGUUCAACUAUGGAAGAGAGGAUAUCUUGGGAAGGCAUGACGCACCAGUUCGCUGCAUUGAAUACUCAUAUGCAACCGGACAAGUGAUAACUGGCAGCUGGGACAAAACCUUGAAAUGCUGGGAUCCCAGAGGUGCAAGUGGACAGGAACGUACUCUUGUUGGAACGUAUACACAACCAGAGCGUGUUUACUCUCUUUCCCUUGUUGGGAACCGUUUAGUAGUAGCAACUGCUGGAAGACAUGUGAAUGUCUAUGACUUGCGGAACAUGUCUCAACCUGAACAACGGAGGGAAUCUUCCUUGAAAUAUCAAACUAGAUGUGUGCGAUGUUAUCCCAACGGAACAGGCUAUGCUCUAAGUUCUGUUGAAGGUCGGGUUGCCAUGGAAUUUUUUGAUCUCUCUGAGGCCGGUCAGUCCAAGAAAUAUGCAUUUAAAUGUCACCGGAAAACUGAAGCUGGAAGGGACAUAGUCUACCCUGUAAAUGUAAUUGCGUUUCACCCUAUCUAUGGUACUUUCGCCACUGGGGGUUGUGAUGGUUAUGUUAAUGUCUGGGAUGGUAAUAACAAAAAGAGGCUAUAUCAGUACCCUAAAUAUCCUUCAAGCAUUGCAGCAUUGUCAUUUAGCAGAGAUGGUAGACUCCUGGCUGUAGCAUCAAGUUAUACAUUUGAAGAGGGAGAAAAGCCCCAUGAGCCAGAUGCCAUAAUUGUCCGCAGCGUAAAUGAAGUUGAAGUGAAGCCAAAGCCAAAGGUUUUGCCGAAUCCUACCUCAUGAAAACUAUUUCAGAAGCUCCUCGAUCCUCUCGAGUCGACUAGUUUAUCUUACUUUGGAAAACAAAAAAACUCUUAUGUACUUAAUAUUUCAAUUUGACUUCCAGGACUCAUUUCUCGUAGCUGGAAAUUCUGGAGAACAGUGAUAAAUUUGUAAUUAUCCAGUUAGCAAUUGUACCUUUUUCGAUGACUCCGUAGUCUCAUUUGCUGA